AUUAAACCUAAAUAUGAGACAUACAUGUAGUUCUGGCUGUAGUCACUGGAUGGUGAUAAUGAACACUUUGUGCAGUGAGUCUGAAAAGAGGAAGAAACGCAUUGCUGUUCUGCAUCCAUACGCUUCCACCCAGGAAGACAGGGUCAUAUUGGUUUGGCACGAUCGGCACUUCGUCCAUGGUGCCUGCUGUGCCCAUGCUGCAGGAUAUGAAGUGGAAAGCUGCAGCACUGAGAGUAAAUAGAAAAGUGAGGACUUCAAUGAUACUCCACAGUGAGAGAUGACAGACUCGCAGGUGUCUCUGCUGCUGCACUGUGCCGCCUGGAGGGGUCUGCUGCAAGCCCAGGUACAGGUGGAGCUUUCUGAAAGAUUCAACAGGCAGACGGAUCCGGCUGUGGAUCGUCACAUAGAGGAGGUGUGGACAGAGCGAGUGUCCAAAGAGCCGUGGCUUUUCAACGGGUCAAAAUUCAGACUCCACUCUUUCUGCUUGUCAUCGUCCUCUGUUUCUCACCCAGCCUGCACUCCUCCCCCCCACACCCCCUCCUCAGACCGAGCAGAGGAGCAGCAGGGUGAUACACCACACAGCACACAGAGAAUGGAGAAGUCAUGUAUCACACAUUCACUGCAUGACGCAGCUCAGAGCAGUUUGGACAGAAGGAGCAGAGCUGUGAAUCAGGUAGAAAGUGCAGAUAGUGUCAGUGCACUGUCACCAGCUUCCUCCACGUUCAAUAAAAACGCAGAUGACCCCGAGCCCCUCCUCACUCUGAGACUCGGCCUCACAUGCUACAAAGACUACCUGGGAACCAACUGGUCGUGUCGGGUGGCAGAGCUGCGUCAGCACGGAGAGGCGGAGUUCGGGGAUGCUCUGGCGCUGCUGGCUCAGCCUCUGGGCGUGGGCGGGGUGCUGUGUACAGCCGACGGACAGGUGGUGCUGAUCAGGAGGAGCCAGAAGGUGGCGGAGGCCGUGGGACUGCUGGACAUCCCCGGGGGGCACCCAGAGCCGAAGGUAGUGUGUGAGCGGCUGGGCCAGGCGGUGUGUGAGGAGCAGAUCAGCGUGGAUAUGAUGCAGCAGAGGCCCGUCGUCUCAGAGCUGUUCUCGUCUGUGUGCGCCGAGAUCAGAGACGAGGUGAAUAUUCCUCUGAGCUCCCUCGGAGAGCCGGUCCUGAUGGGCGUCGCUCUGAAUCACACCAGCGCAGGCAGACCUAGUGCUGAGUUCUACGUCAGUUGCUCGUUGACAUCUGAUGAAGUAAGAAAGUUGUACUGGAAAGGAGGAGCGGAGGCCCAUGAGUCCACAGAUAUUGUCUUCCUCGGCAGAACUGAAGUGUUGCAGCUGGACAUCAGCAGCCCUCUGUGGGCGGAGCUGUGUCCUUCAGCUAAAGGAGCCGUGCUGCUGUAUCAGACGGUUUCUUCAGCAGUAACCUCCAUAUCCGCUGUCUCUGUAAUAGGAGCCCUGCUGCUGAUAAGGCCCACUCCACUGAAAGAAGCGCCUGAGCCUGUUCCUGAGGCAGCUCCACGUACUGCAGCUCCUCCUGAAGCUGGCUCUCCUGCUCUGGAAGUCUGAACAUCACUGGAGGCAAGAAAACAAGUUUAAGAUGUAGAAGCAAGACAGAAAUGAGGCGCUUGUGAUGUUCAGUCUGGAUUGGACCCAUUCAGAAUCCGAAUACCUUUAUUCGUCCCACAGAGGGGAAAUGUACAAUGAGUUUAAAGCCUCUUAUCUUAUUUCUGAAAUCAUCACGCAAUUGUGAUUAAUAGUGCUAUUAGGUUGCUGAAAGGCCGCCAUGUUACUACAGGUGCAUGUUUCCCUUUGUGUGCAGCAAGUUGAUUUUGAAUUCAGUAAAAAUUUGACAACAUUCACUGAAAAAAAGGGGAAAUGUUGGCAUUGAAUUACAAAAUAAUGUAGACUCAGUUUUGGUCCUUUUCCCUUGAUUCUCUAAGUGACGUUUGGGUGGCUUGAAAGAGUCAUAAACAUAUAAGAAGAUGAUUGAAAUGCAAAUAUUAUUCAUUCAAAAGUUUUCAUAUGAAAUGAAACGCCUUUCAUAUUUGCACCAGUUGGACCCACGUCUCGGGAUACAUUACCACAGAACUAUCCUCUUGUUAUAGUUUGUUACAAAAAUGUUGAUGUAAAAAAACUAGGGAUUAAAUAAGCUGGCUAGAGUCACAAAAAAUGGUCCUUAGGUGCUUCUAUUAACAGCCAACAAUGCUGAAAAACACAAAGUCACAAGGAUUUACAUAAAGAAAAUCUCAAUAUAUCUGUACAGGUCGAGGACAUAGGAUUGGUACCUCUCUGCUCUACAGCCACCGUCAGACUCACUCCCAAAACACUUGUGGCCAGGGUUUUAUACAUGUUAAGCCCCUCCCCAUAGGACAAUCCACUAUUUAUACCCCUAACCAAUGUCAUUCUAAUCUACAAACACAUUCACAAUGCAAGGCAAAUUACCCAAACACAACAAAUCAAAAUGUUCAACAUAUUAUAUCUUUCUGACCACAGAAGCCUUAAACAAUAACAUUUUUAUACUUGCA